AUGGCCAGCGUGCAAGAGCCCCUUCUCCCGGAAAGCAAUGUGCUCCCCAAAGAUGCACCAGUUGAGCCUAUUUCAGAGGAUCUGAGCGAAUCAACCUCUACCUUGGUUGAGCCCGACUCCACACAACAAUCCAAAGAUUCAACCCAACCCGAGGUCCCAUUGACCGCCGCGGAAAAGAAGAAGGCCAAGAAGGCCAAGAAGAAGCAGCAAAAGAAACAGGAGAGCAUUAGCUCCAUUGCUGCCGAACAAAUUCCAGAGUCUCCAGUCGCAGUUUCCGAAACCCAAACUGCAGAGCCUGCAGUGGAGGAAUCAGCGCCAGUCGAAGCUCCUAAGGAGGCUGAAGCUGCUGCAGAGCCAGUUGCCGAAGUAGUGGCCGAAGAGAAGCCUGCAGCUGAAUCAACCACUGCAGAACCCGAGGUUGCCGAGCCCGUCGCCGAGCCCAUCACAGAAGAAUCGAAGACUGAGGCCGUUCCGGAAACUGCCGCAGAGCCUAUCGUCGAAGAAUCUAAGCCCGUGGAAGAGGUUGCUAAGCCCACCACAGAAGAGCCCACGAUCGUUGAGGCCGUCCCUGAAGUCGCCGCCGAGCCGAUCGUCGAAGAGACCCCCGCUGUGGAAGAAACCAAGAUCGCCGACGAGGUUGCUGAGCCUAUCGCCGAGGAGAAGCCUAUUGCCGAAGAAAAGGCUACCGAGGCCGUUCCCGAAACUGCCGCUGAGCCCGCCGAAGCCGCCGUGGAAGAACCCAAGGCCACCGAGGUUGUUCCUGAAACUACUGAAGCCGCCAAGGAAGAGACUCCCGCCACUGAGACUGCUGUGGAAGAAAAGACCACCGAGGCCGUUCCUGAAACCACCGAAGCUGCUGUGGAAGAAAAGACCGUCGAGGCUGUUCCUGAAGCUGCUGUGGAAGAAAAGGCCACCGAGGUUGUUCCUGAAACUACUGAAGCCGCCAAGGAAGAGACUCCCGCCGCUGAGACUGCUGUGGAAGAAUCGAAGGCCGUGGAAGCUGUUCCUGAAGUCGCCCAGGAGGCGCCCGCCGUCGAAGAAUCCAAGGCUGCUGAGGAGGUUGCAGAGCCCACCGCUGAAGCCGCCACCGAAGAAAAGCCCAUCGAGGCUAUCCCCGAGGUCGUCGCAGAAUCUAAGGCCGAGGAGGCUGUUCCUGAAGCUGCUGUGGAAGAAAAGACCACCAAGGUCGUUCCUGAAGUCGCCCAGGAGGCGCCCGCCGUCGAAGAAUCCAAGGUUGCCGAGGAAGUCGCUGAGCCCACCACUGAAGCCGCCACGGAAGAAAAGACCGCCGAAGCUGUCGCAGAGCCUAUCGUCGAAGAGACUCCCGCCGUGGCCGAAUCCAAGGUUGAGGAGGCUGUUCCUGAUAUCGCCCAGGAGACCCCUGCCGUCGAAGAACCCAAGGUCGAGGUUGCUGAGCCAGUCACCGAGGAGAAGCCUGCCACUGAAGAGAAGGUUGUCGAGGCCGCCCCUGAGGCUGUUGCAGAGCCCGUCGUAGAGACUCCGGCCGUCGAAGAAUCUAAGGCUGAGGAGGUUGCUGAGCCUGCCGCUGAAGAGAAGGCUGUCGAGGCCGUUUCUGAAGCCCCCGCUGCUGAAGAAUCCAAGACCGAGGAGGCUGUUCCUGAAAUCGUCCAGGAGACUCCCGCCGUUGAGGAAUCGAAGCCUGCCACCGAAGCCGCUACAGAAGAGAAGGCCGCUGAGGCCGUCCCUGAGACUGUCGCUGAGGAGACCCCCGCUGCUGAAGCUGUUGUGGAAGAAUCCAAGCCUGUCGAGGCCAUUUCUGAAACUGUCGCAGAGCCUGCCGUCGAAGAGACUCCUGUCGUGGAAGAAUCUAAGACUGAGGAGGUUGCUGAGCCUGCCACCGAAGAAAAGGUUGUCGAGGCCGCCCCUGUGGCUGCCGCGGAGCCUGUCGAAGAGACUCCGGCCGUCGAAGAACCCAAGGUCGAGGUUGCUGAGCCAGUCACCGAGGAGAAGCCUGCCACUGAAGAAAAGGUUGUCGAGGCCGCUCCUGAGGCUGUUGCAGAGCCCGUCGUAGAGACUCCGGCCGUCGAAGAAUCCAAGGCUGAGGAGGUUGCUGAGCCUGCCGCUGAAGCCGCCACGGAAGAGAAGACCGCCGAAGCUGUCGCAGAGCCUAUCGUCGAAGAGACUCCCGCCGUGGCCGAAUCCAAGGUUGAGGAGGUUGCUGAGCCUGCCGCUGAAGAGAAGGCUGUCGAGGCUGUUCCCGAGAUCGUUCAGGAGACACCCGCAGUCGAAGCCGUCGUCGAGGAAUCUAAGGCCGCCGAGGUUGCCGAGCCCACCACUGAGGAGAAGCCUGCUACCGAGGAGAAGGCCGUCGAGGCCGCCCCCGAAACCGUCGCAGAGCCUAUCGUCGAAGAAUCUAAGCCCGUUGAGGAGGCCGAGUCUGUCGAGGCUGCUCCCGAACCCGUCCAGGAGACACCCGCAGUCGAGGAAUCCAAGGCCGAGGAGGUUGCUGAGCCUAUCACCGAGGAGAAGCCCAUCGCUGAAUCCGCCACGGAAGAGUCUAAGCCCGUCGAGGCUGUUGCCGAAACCGUCGCUGAACCUGUUGUUGAGGAGACUCCCGCCGCUGAAGCUGCCGUGGAAGAACCCAAGACUGUCGAGGCUGUCCCUGAAACCGUCGCAGAGCCUGUUGUUGAAGAGACUCCCGCUGUGGAAGAGUCCACGCCUGUCGAGGAGCCAGUGACCGAGAAGGCGGUCGAAGAACCGGCUGUUGAGGCAGAGGCCGAGAACAGCGCUGACACCACCGCGACCGUUCCCGAGAUUGCCACAGAGGCCGCUGCCGUGGAGCCAGCUGUCGAGGUUUCCGAGCCCAAGGAGGAAGUCAUCUCUGAGCCCACCAAGGAGGUCGUCGAGGAGGCCCCCGUUGAGCAGACUGCCACUGAAGAAUUGGCUGCUGAGCCAGUCAAGGAGGCUGAGGUUGCUGAACCUGUUCCCGAGCAGACUGUCGAUGCUGCUAAGGAGACUACCGCCACCGAGCCCGCUGCUGAAGCAGUUGAAGAGCCUGCUGCCGUUGUCGCCGAGGAGGCCACUACUGAGAAGGCCCAGGAGCCUACUGAGGUCGAGUCUGUCCAAGAGACCACCGAAAAGGUUACCGCAGAGGAACCAGUUGUGGAGGAGCCUGUGGCUGAAAUUGCUAAGGAUUUGACUCCCGAGGAGACCCCCGCUGUCCCCGAGGCUGCUGCCGCUAUCGUCGAGGAAAACGCCGCUCCUACUGAGGCUAUCCCCGCUGAGACCGCCAAGGAAGUUGCCGAUGAGCAGCCAGAGGCCACCAAGGCCGAGGAAGUAACUGAGCAGACUACCGAGGAGCCCGUCGCUGACAAGGCUGUUGAGGAGCCCGUUGCUGAGACCUCCGCUCCAGAGCCGGUUGUCGAGGACGCCCCCGUCGUUGCAGACGCUCCUGUUGAAGAGGCUGCUAAGGAAAUUGCUGUCGAGGAGCCUAUCAAGGCUUCCACUGAUGCUCCUGCUGUUGCUGAUGCUACUGCCGACGAGGCCGAGAAGGUCGAGGAGAAGCAACCCGAGGUUGAAGCCGUUGCUGAGCCAGUUGUUGCUGAACAGACUGAGACUGCUGUCGCUGUCGAGGAGCCUGUUUCCCAAGACGCCGAGCCUAUUGCCGCUGAAGAGAAGAUCGUGGACGAGCCUGUGACUGUUGCAGAGACUGUUGAAGUUGCUGCCACCCCUGAGCCUGUGGCUGAAGUCGAGGCUGUUAUCGCUGAGCCCGCUGUUGCUGAAACUGCUGCUGUUGAAGACAAGGCCAUCGAGGAGCCAGUCACUGCGGCAGAGGUUGUUGAAGCUGCUGCUCCUGAGCCUGUGGCUGAGGUUGAGGCUGUUAUCGCCGAGCCCGCUGUUGCUGAAACUCCCGCUGUCGAGGAAAAGACCAUCGAUGAGCCAGUUGCUGUUAUCGAAACUGCGGCCGAGCCCACUGCUGAGCCUGUUUCCGAACAGACUCCUGAGGUUGCACCCGCUGUCGAAGAACCUGCCACUGAGGCACCAGCUACUGAGAAGGUUGAGGAUGUGAAGGAGCCUGCCACUGUCGAGCCCACCAUCCAAGCUACUGAAGUUGUUGAGGCUCCAGUUGUGGAGGAACAGGUCGUCGCAGAGCCUGCUAAGGUCGAGGAGCCUAUUGAAGCUGCUGCCCCCGUGGAGCAAAUUCCCGAGGCAGCUCCAGUGGAGGAGUCUACUAAGGAGCUCGAGCCUGAGACCACCGCGGUUGAGGAAGUUGCUAUUGAGCAGCCCGCCGUCGUUGCCGAAGAGGCCGCAGCCGAAGCACCAGUUGUUGCUGAGGUUGUUGAAGAGCCCGCACAGGAGACUGCCAAGGUCGAGGAGCCCGUCCCAGAACAGUCUGCUCCUGUUGAGGAGACCGUUGUUGCAACUGAGGAACCCUCGAAGGUCGAAACCGUCGAGGCCGAAGUUGUGGCUAUUCCUGAGCCGACUGUCAGCGCAGAGGAGCCCGAGGUCGUGGCUGAGACAUCCGAUGUGAAGGAGUCCAUUCAGCCCUCCACCACUGAUGUUGAAACCAAGCAGGAAGAGACCGCUGCUCCCGCUUCUGAGGAAGCUUCUGCCAAGGAUACUGGCAUCAGUGCCGAAAUUCUUGGUGCUGGCGCUGCUGGCGUUGCCGCUGUCGCCCUUGCUGGUGCCGGUGUAGCCGCUCUUGCUCACAAGGAACCCGUUACUAAGGCUGAGACCCAGCCCCAGGUUUCCGCAGCAGAUGCCCAGCCCGCAGACAGUAAGCCAACACCGUUCUAUCUUUCACACCAGCAAUCUGCCAUAUCGUUCGAAACUGAUCCCGCUCUUGCAGCCCUUGCUGGAGACCGCGAAGCCCUCCUCAGCAAACUCAACCAGCCGUCUACAGAUCAGUUGUCCACGGCUACCCAACAAGCAACCGUCGAGAGUGCCCCCGAGUCCCAGCCUGCCGCCGAGGCCAGCAAGGGAACCGCCGAACCCGCUACAAAUGUUUCCGACGCCAAGCCUGCUGCCGAAAACACUCUUACGCCCAAGGAUAAUGAUGAAGAUGCUCGUCCAGCGAGCCAGAACCGGUCAGUGACUGCUGUUUCUCUAAAUGGUGCACCUGACAGCUGGCUCAAAGCAAUCUUGCGCACUGUCUUUGUGAAUUUCUUUGGAGCCAUCUUUUCACCCUUCCGGCGUGGAAAGGCCUCGAAUUAG